CGGCAUCCAAAAUCUGCCUUCUCUCUUCUUUCUGAGAUGAUGAAAACCCUAGUAGUCGCUUUUCUGCUUGUCGCCUGUAUUGCAGCGACAAGCUAUGGAGCAGAAGAACCUUACCAAAUCUUCCCUCUCCGUCUGAAAUCCGGGUCGGGCCCAGAAGGCGCCUCCGUCCAGGGCAUAACCUGCGCGAGCUGGCGGCUGGCGGUGGAAGUCCACAACAUCAUUGAGUGGACCGGCAUUCCGGCGGAGUGCCGAGACUACGUCGGCAACUACAUGCUGGGUCAACACUACAGAGACGACUCCAAAGCAGUUAACAGAGAAGCUUAUUUCUAUGCUCGCUCUCUCGCUCUCCCUAGAGAUGGCAGAAACAUCUGGAUCUUUGACAUUGACGAGACUUCCCUCUCCAAUCUUCCCUACUUCGUUCAAAAUGGAUUCGGGGCGCUACCAUACAACGAGACAGAGUUCUACGAGUUUUUGGGGAAAGGAGUAUCACCAGCACUACCAGAAACGCGGAAGCUGUACAACAAGUUGCUCAAUCUGGGCAUCAAGAUUGUGUUCCUUACUGGAAGAACCACCGAUCUAACCACAGCUACCGUUGCAAACCUCAAGAAAGCUGGCUACCACACUUGGCACAAGUUGAUCCUCAAGGAUACGACGGAGCACGGAGAUUCGACGGCGGUGGUGUACAAGUCGGCGGAGAGAGAGAAGCUGGUGAAGCAAGGGUACAGAAUCGUGGGAAACAUCGGAGACCAGUGGAGUGACAUCCUGGGAACUCAUACGGGCAGGCGGACCUUCAAGCUGCCCGACCCGGUCUAUUACGUUAGUUGAGAGUUGAGAUGUUAUCCACACAUCAGUUUGGAGUAAUCUGCAUGGGAGAGAUGAGAGAGACAGCAAGGAAUGAUAAGGAAGAAGGAGUGACUCUUUCUAUCGAUCGGUAGCUAUAUAGAGCGUCCGGUCCCAUCUAUUUGCUUCUCCUUUCAUCUCCUUCAAAAUAAAAUGUAUUAUUCCAAAUUGAUCUGUGAGCUGUGAAAUAUCUCCAUCCGUGAGAAAUAAUAAAUAAAAUCUUCCAUCUUUAUCAUCA